GUGGGCAUGCCUCGAAGUUUGAUUUGGUUUCGUUGAUUUUACAUGUACGACCAGAAGAGGGUUGUGCCCACUGAUCUGUGCUGAACUGUCAUGAAGACAAUCUACAGAGGGAAGAUUUGCUGAUAGCAGGAGAUGGCAAACAAGCGGAAGACUCUUCUGGUUCUCCUACUCAUCGUGUUGAGGGAAGCCGGACCGACCGCAGCCUGCAGCAGCAGCUGUCCGUCGGACUGUGACUGUUACUACAAGCGUCUCAGGAGUGUUCCUCAGGACCUGCCUGCAAACAUCACUAGGCUGGACUUGGACCUUAAUUCCAUCAAACGCUUAAGUCAGUCUGACUUCUCAAAGUACACCAAGCUGAGAGAGUUAAAUAUUACGCGCAAUCCGAUUUCCAUAGUUAACGAGCAGACGUUCUCAAACCUGACCGAGCUCGAAAAGCUGGACCUGUCAGCUAACAAGUUCACUUAUAUUCAGCCUAGUACAUUUUCAGGUCUAUCACAGCUUAAAGAGCUCAAACUGUUCAUUGGCGAGGUAAGUAAAAUUGACCCUGGUACAUUCUCGAAUCUACCGAAGCUCAGGAUGCUGGACCUACAUACCAACCUAAUAGCUGACAUUAAGGCUGGUACAUUCUCAGAUUUGCCUGAACUCACAAUUUUGCUCCUGUCCGCUAAUAAAAUACGUGACAUUCAAUUGGGGGCAUUCUCAAACCUACCCAGGCUCGAUCAAAUAAACCUAAAUCAAAACCUCUUAACUACCAUUCAUCCUGGUACUUUCUCAGAUUUGCCCAAGCUUACGUCUUUAGGACUUGAUAAAAACCCCUGGCACUGUGACUGUAGAAUUGCAAAUUUCACGAAAACGAUUACAGCCCAACAUCCCAACAUCCCAACAUCAACCUUUGAAAAACAGGCGAUCAAAAACCAAAUCAUUUGUGAAACACCAAGCGACCACCAUGGAAAACCAUUUGGCAAUAUAAACCCCGUAGAUCUAAUCUGUAAAAAAACACCAAAGAUUGUGAUAUUUGAAAACAGCAAAGGCGACAGACUGGUGCAGGGGGGAACUCUCCAUUUGGUUUGCGAAGCUUCAGGUACCCCUGUACCAGACAUCACAGUCACCCUCCCAUCUGGACUGAAUGCUACUGUUGAGUCAGGAGGGAGAGUGACUGUGGGAGUGAAUGGCACCAUCACUAUAAGAGAUGUUACUGCAGCAGAUGCUGGUCAGUACAUCUGCACUGCAACAAAUCCUGUCGGCUCUACAUCUGACAAACUGUUUGUUGAGGUAGAAACCCCAACAUCGGUCAUGCCAGUCGUAUCCACUGGCUCAGUAUCCGCUGGCCUAGUGGAGACCACUGAUGCCAUGGCUUUGACAUCUGUCGCACAGUCUGACAGUAUGAUGUUCAAAAAGCCAACGAUUGUGAGGUUUAAGACAAGUGAUAACACACUAGCACAGGGGGAGGCUCUGUAUUUGGUCUGUGAAGCUUCAGGAAUUCCUCUUCCUAAUAUCCUUGUCACUCUCCCAUCUGGACUGAUUGCAAGUGCUGAGUCAGGAGGGAGAGUGACUGUGGAGGUGAAUGCUCCAUCAAUUGAUCCCUCCACGGACGACAUGGUUAACAAGUCUCUCAAUACCUCGGGAGGUCAGGGUAGAUCCUUAAACCCAGAGAUAACCAGCAGUGAUGCAGGCACAAACGAACAAGCCGACAUGCCUGAGAACGCAUAUGAGGACCCCGAAUCUCUCCUAGCCACUGCAGGUUCUCUUAGAAGUGAUGUAGUUGCAAACGAAAAGGCCGACAUUCCUGAAAAUGUGUAUGAUGUUCCAAAAUCUGUCAUAGCCAUCGUUAGCCGUGAUGGACGUGAUGUAGGUUCAAAAGAAGAAUCAGUGUGUGCAUCAAAAGCUGCGUCGGCCCAAAAGCCAAUGACAGUCCAUGAGCUAGUAAACAUCGUGUAUGGGAAGGGUGAGUCUGGCCAUGACUAUGAGGAUAUGAAGCCCAUUUCUAUGCAUAAAAAAGAAGCAGAAGCUGAUACUUCUCACUACAUUGGUCCUGAUGGCCACGAGAAAGCAUCAGCUGCUACUUCUCAUUCCAGCUAUGAGAACAAGGAAACAGUACGAGAUACUUCUCAUGUAACCUGUGAGAAUACCGAAAAGGAAGAAGCAAUUCCUUAUUAUUCUGCUCAGAUUCAUUAUCAGAGUAAAGAUGAUGAAGCAGAGUCUGCUGCAUCUCAAUCUGAUAGAGCGAAACCAGAGUCUCCGGCUAUCAUUUACGAAAAAGACGAAUCAUCUGCAUCUUAA